UGUCCUCCUCCCACAUCUAAACCUCUCUUCUUCCAUUUGGGGUUUGGAUUCCUUGUGUUUCAAUCUUCGAGUUUUCCAGUGAGAGAUUGAAAAGGGAGAUUCCUAGCAGUGUCCAAAGAUUCUUUAGGGUUCUUCAUUCUCUGUUCAACAAUUUGCCUAAAACUUGGUCAGCCAUGGAUCCUAAGAACGCGACAGCAGAGCUUGUUAUUAGGCACAAAGAUUCUUCGUCUUCGUCUUCGUCAGGUUCCUCACAGGAAAACAUUGUCCUCGAACAAUUACCCCUACAAGACCAUCAAAGUUUUUCUUUUGUCAGCUCCGCCGGAGAUUCAGACAGACAAUCACCAGCAGGCUAUGACCCGAAUCGGAUUCCAUCAUCCAUCUUUUCCAGUAAACCUACAAGUCCCAUGGAUUGGAGCGUUGCAUCCAAUGAAUCAUUGUUUAGUAUUCAGAUGGGGAACAACAGCUUCACCAGGGAACAAUAUGCUUUUAUGUUGUAUAAAUCAGGGGAAUUGUCCAAGGCAGAGGAGCUCUGCAAUGUACAGGGAAAUCAACUGCCACCCGUUCAAAAAAAGGAGAAUGUGGCUACGAUGGGGGGCGACGUUAAGGAGGAGAACUUGGGAGUGACAAGAGCUCCGGUUGAUGCUAUAAAGGAGGAUUCUGGUGGUGCUAAAAUAAUGGAAGAACAUGAGAUGGAAAAAGUUGCACCGGUUAUGGAGGCCUCUAAUUCAACUCUAUGUGUCUCUACUCAUUCUGAUGGGAACGGAAGUAAUCACAGCACUCAAUCCUUUGCAUUCCCAGUAUUGGCACCUACGAGCGAUAAUGGAAGAAACUGCUCUGUCAAGGUAGACCCAAAAGACCAUGAGGCACAAAGGCAGAUGCAGUCACAGGAACAACCGAUACCAAAGCAGUCUCUGGGAGAGGAACAAGUGCAAGCAAAGGCUUCGGGUCGUCGAUGGUUUUCUUGCUUCUCUUGCUGCCCAUCACGUUGUAUUUCAUAAUCAAUAUCCUUAAUUACUUUAUCUACUUUGCUUGCAAUAUAAACUCAUCUACUACCU